AUGUUUGUCUCAAUAGAAAAAAUUCAAACAUAUGAAUCUAUAACAUCGUCUCAAUCAAAAGAAAUAUCAAGUUUAGAUUCAUUGGCUCAUGUUUUAGGAAGCCAAGAGCAUUGUGGACGUGUUCGCGGUCUAGGUUUGGGUCCUUGCCCAUCUAAAGUCUUUGGAGUCCAUGCUCAUUCUCAUGUUGGAUCAUCUUCAUCUACUCCUUCUAAUGUUGAAUUACAAUCUCAGGUAUCUUCAUUGACUUCUUCUAAUGUUAAAUUAGAAUCUCAGGUAUCUUCAUUGACAUCACAAGUCAAUGAAAUGAAGGCAAUCAUGACACUUUUGUUGCAAAAUCAUCAAGGUCCAUUGCCUUCACAAUUUACAGUAUUUCAAAGAUCAUCGGGUUUUGUUGAGUUCUCACAACUCAAGGUUCGGUUGAAGGGUUCUUGUGAGCUGUUCAGUCAAGUUACUCUAAGAGUCGCUAUGCGAGUUGUCUCGCAUAGCGAGUUGUCUCGCAUAACGAGUCCCUGUAGAGAGUGCUUAUUGUUUGGGUCAUUCGUUGUGCGAGCUGGUGCGCUGUGCGAAUGA